GGGAAAAGGGCAACAACAUAAGAAAUAGGGUCGAUUUUUGUUUUCUGAAUUCAGAAAAGUACGUUGAAAUAUUUCAAAAACAAACCAUUAAUAUCGAAUACAAAAACUUAGAAAAAAAUAAACGAAUAUUCAAGGAAAUGUCAAGUCAACGCUGAGUGACGUCACUGACUCGUCGCGCGCUUUUUCUAAUCGCUGGAAUUUGAUUAAAAAACAACAACAAAUAGACGUGUCCGUAUAAUAUUCCUAACUAUAAUACUAAUAUCAGUGGAGCGUGUUACGUAAUUUUUUUUACCUGUGCGUGUACCUGUGUGCGUGUCGUCAACAACAACAACAACAACAACAACAACAAGAGCAAGAGCAAGCAGUGCAACAGUGUAGAGGAGUGUGGAAUAUUCAUCUGCAACUACCUGUUGAUCGAUCGAAGCGCCGCGUCGCUACCCCUGCCUAUUUUUUGCUGUGCGGAAGAUCUCCGCCGAGACUGCCGAAGGUCGUGCCAGGGCCGUGCCCGGUGCACGUGCAACUGUAAACAGCAACGGCUAAAAGCCGCCACACAAUCAUGCUGCACCGUUGCAUUGCGGGCAGAGCAUCGGCGGCAGAUCGGCCACCAUCGCUGCCCUUGCUGCUGCUGCUGCUGCUCCAUAUGAUGGCGUUGACUGCCGUCGCUGGCUUCAAUCUGGAGCAGCGACUGCCGCUGAUCAAGUACGGACAUCCCCACUCGCACUUUGGCUACUCCGUGGCCACGCACACCAUCGGCGAGGCGAAUGCGGCAAACAAUACAAAGUGCCUGCUCGUGGGAGCGCCACUGGAUCAUAAUCGACAGCCCAACACCUCACACUCGGGCGCCCUCUGGAAGUGUCCCAUAACGCAGAGCUUCGAUGACUGCGAACAGGUGAUAACCGAUGGACGACGUUCAUACGACAGCGAGGUCCUCUCGCCGCCCUCCAGCGAUGAGAUCAAGGAGGGACAGUGGAUGGGCGUCACGGUGCGAUCGAAUCCGCUUCAGGCCAAUGGAUCGGGUGGCAAGGUGCUCGUGUGUGCCCACCGUUACAUGUACAUUGUACGCGAGAACCGCUAUGGCCAGGGACUGUGCUACGUCCUCACCAACGAUCUGCAGUUCGAUGAAGUGCACGAGCCGUGCAAGGGUCGCCCUGUACAGAGACAACACGAGGACUAUGGCCUGUGCCAGGCGGGCACCUCCGGCGCACUGCUGGACGAUGACACAAUGGUGCUGGGCUCUCCGGGUCCGUUCACGUGGCGUGGCUCCAUCUGGGUGACGCAAAUCGGUGGCGAGUACCUGCAUCGAGACAAGACGACGUACUACAGCGACCACUCGGAUGCCAGCUCGCCGGUGGAUAAGUACAGCUACCUGGGCAUGUCCGUCACCGGCGGACGCUUCUUCGGCGACAACAUGUCCUAUGCAGCGGGUGCGCCACGCUCCAAUGGCCACGGACAGGUGGUGAUCUUUGACAAGGCCAACACCAAUCCGAUACCCGUGCGCCUCAUCAUCGAUGGCGAGCAGUUCGGCUCGAGCUUCGGCUAUGAGCUGACCACCGCGGAUGUCAACGGAGACAAUCGGCCGGAUCUGAUUGCGGCGGCGCCUUUUUUCUUCUCGAAGAACGAGGGCGGAGCUGUCUAUGUCUAUCAGAACGAUCAGGACACGCUGCCCAGGCGGCACACGCUGCGCCUGACGGGUGCCCUGGAGAGUCGCUUUGGCCUGGCGCUGGCCAACGUGGGCGAUCUGAACAAGGACAACUGCGAGGACAUCGCUGUGGGAGCGCCCUACGAGGGCCAGGGCGUUGUCUACAUUUAUCUGGGCUCGCGGCAGGGCCUCAACGAAAAGCCCGCACAGCGCAUACAGGCCUCGGAGCUGGGCGCCACAGUGCCCCAGGGCCAGCCCAUUCGCACCUUUGGCAUCUCGAUAGCGGGCAACACGGACCUCGACGGCAACUCCUAUCCCGAUGUGGUUGUGGGGGCGUUCAACUCCUCCGCCACGGUGGUGCUGCUGGCGCGACCCAUUAUCAACAUUCAGACGAGCUACCGCAGCGAUGAGCUGCGCAACAUCGAUCCCAACAAGCCGGGCUGCCGCUCGGAUGCGUUCAGCAAUCUGACCUGCUUCAGCUUCGAGGCCUGCUGCAGCAUCGAUCCAUACGAUGAUACCACGAAGGAGCUCAGCCUGAUGUACAGCGUGGAGGCGGAGACCUACGACCAUCUGAAGAAGUUCUCGCGCGCCUUCUUCGAUCGCGACAACAAGCGGAGCAACGUCAUCAGUCGCGUGGUCAAGGUGCGCACCGAUGGACGUGUUGCCUGCCAAAUAAGCACCGGUUACAUCAAGGCCAACACUCGCGACAUCCAAACGCCCAUCCGCUUCAGGCUGAAGUACACGCUGCAGGAGCCUCCGCUGGCGGACUCUGCCCUCACGCGACUCAACCCGAUGCUGGAUCAGACCCAAGCACACAUUGACUUUGAGGGCACCUUCCAGAAGGACUGCGGCGAUGAUGAUCUCUGCGAGAGUGAUUUGGUUAUUCGCGCCGAGCCAAAUAUCACAGCCAUAGGCAACGAGUACACGGUGAUCCUAGACGGAAAUGAGCUGGAGGUGGGCAUCAGCGUGACCAACCUCGCGGACUCUGCCUACGAGGCGCAAGUGUUUAUUAGCCACCAGGCGGGCGUCUCGUACGUGGCCACCAAAAAGCCGACCAAUGCCACUUGCAACAGCUUCAACACCACUUUGGUGGCCUGCAGCCUGGGCAAUCCGAUGCCGCGCGGCACCACCACAUUCGUGACGAUCCGCUUCCAGCCAAAGAGUCUGGAGCCCAGCGAGAAGUCGAUGCAGUUCCACAUAUUCGCGAAUACCACAUCCAAGCUGGUGGGCAGCGAGCCGCCGGAGCGGAAUCUCAGCGUGGCCGUGGUGCGGCGUGCCAAGUUGCACUUCCGUGGCUGGGCGAUGCCCGAGCAGAGCUUCUACAGUGGCGCCAGCCAGGCGACGGACAACUCGCCCAUGGAGAUGGGCGACGUGGGCUCGCAGGUGAAUCACAGCUUUACCAUCUUCAACGAUGGACCCUCGACGGCGCCCAAGGUGCACAUGGUCAUCCACUGGCCGUGGUCGCUGUACAGCGACCCGGAGCGCGGGCACAAGGAUCAGUAUCUGCUUUAUCUGGAGCAAACGCCCACCGUGGAGAUUGGUGUGGGCGAGUGCCAUGUGGCGCCCGAGUAUGUGAAUCCCCUGAAGCUGGAUAGCGGCUCACAGGGCUCGAUGAUCGCCCAACUGGGCGCCCCAGCCACGCUCAAGAUGUGGCCCAUGCGUAGUCGCCAGCAGCAGAACAGGAACCAGACCCAAGCGACCCACUCAAGGCAACAGCGCAGCACACUGGAGCGCGUGACGCGCCUGGAGCGGCUCACCUACGAGCCCGAGCUGGCGGGCAUUGGGUCCAGCGGCAGCGGCAGCGGCAAGAAGCAGGACAUUGUCGAGCUCGACUGCAACAAGGGCACGGCACGGUGCAUACGCAUCGAGUGCGACAUCUACAACAUGCCAGCGAGAUCCGAGGCGCAGGUGAUGGUGAAGGCGCGACUCUGGAACUCGACGCUCGUCAGCGAGUAUCCGCGGGUCGAUCGAGUGCGCAUCAUCUCCACGGCCACCGCCAAGAUACCCGAAGACUUUGGUGUCGAGGUGAUGGAGCACAACGAGAUCGAGCGCACGCGCCACCCCCGCCCCCCCCCCCCACCUCCCGACACUGCCAUACCCUGGCUGAUCAUCAGCUUUGCCAUACUCUUGGGCGUCGUGGUGCUGGCCGUGUUCACGUUCUUCCUGUGGAAGUGCGGAUUCUUCAAGCGGAUACGACCCACGGAUCCCACGUUGAGUGGAAAUCUCGAGAAGAUGAACGAGGAGAAGCCCUUCCUGGCGGCCAAGAACACCCAUCAUGUUUUCUAACAAGAGGGCACCGUCGGCUGGGAUCUGGCACGCCGGAUCGCCCCCAGGAAGAGGCGACGCCAUCUCCAGCUGCCCCUCAUCACCAGACAGCGGGUGCACGGCCAACGCUGGCGACGACACAAAUCCUCGAACAACAACGAGCUGGAUAUCCUGAGGCUCACGCCGCCACCGCCGCCCCUAAGCGUUCUGAAUUGGGGCAGCGAUGGAUACUACCAGGCCAGUGCCAACUGGUGGGGGCACAUGUAAUGUGGGGAAGGAUCGGGGGCUGUGGGUUGUGUGGUUCAAUGUGCCAUUUCGUUUACUUAAGGCAGCCAAAACUGCUUCAUGGAUCUAGAGGCCUGUGCCGGUCUAGGCCUUGUUUAGGCCUAAACGAUAAGCUAGGCCAACACGAUUUGGGUUCACAUCGUGUUGGAUAGUGUAAUUUGUGUAAAAAAACAAACAGAAAAAAACAUAAACUGUUCUUAAUCGCAUAGGUGUAUAUGUAUGUGUGUGUGUGUGUGUGUGUGUGUGUGUGUGUGUGUAUGUAUGUGGUAGGGCCUAGGCUAAGCUUUAGCUUAAGUGAGAACCAAUUCCGAAUAUAUUCAUACAAAUCGAAAAACACUGCCAAUAGGAACACUAAAAUAAUCAGCACUAAAUCGGGGCUCGAAGAUAGCAACAGGAGCAGGAGCCGCACUGGAUACGAAAGUAUUAGCACACUUUUACACUUUACAUACAAUAUUUAUUUAGUGACUACAGACAGACAGAAUUUAGGCAGCAGAAUCGCCACAGCUGACUGCUGACUUGAGGCGUCGUCAACAUAGACAAAACUCCUCCGGGGAGGAGUCCAAGUUCCCUUGGCCAUCGCGUAAUUAUUAUAAAAUUUCUUCUUUUUUUUUGGUUUGUUUUAAGCGAAGAGUCUAGUUAAGUGUAAUUGUGGUAAUGUUAGCUGUAAAUAUGAAUUCUUUUUUUUCUUAUACAUCUGUUUAAUAUACUUACUAUUAUUUUUUUAAACCA